AGGGGGCGGGGGCGUUCCAGUUCUCGCGAAGUUUAGGCCCAGGCAGGAGGCGGUGGUGGGUCCGCAGCGGUGCGGAAUGCGCUCGGAGAAGGAGGGGGCCGGAGGCCCCGGGGUGUCCGUUGCUGUGCGGGGCCAGAGCGGGAGGGAGAGGACGUCGGCUGUGGAAGUUCAAUUCCGCCGGGAAUCUCCACGGAGAGAUGCAGGGGCACCGCCAGCCUUGUCUUCCAGUUGUGGGGGCAGCGCAGGCAAACCUCGCGAGGAGAAGAGGACAGUUCUGAGCAAGGUGGUUAUCCGGCGCCUUCCUCCCAGCCUCACCAAGGAGCAGCUGGAAGAGCAUCUGCACCCGCUACCUGCACAUGAUUACUUUGAGUUCUUUACCGCGGAUCUCAGUCUUUAUCCUCAUCUCUACUCAAGAGCAUACAUUAAUUUUAGAAAUCCUGAUGACAUUCUUCUGUUUAGAGAUCGUUUUGAUGGAUAUAUCUUCAUUGACAAUAAAGGCCUAGAAUAUCCUGCAGUGGUUGAGUUUGCUCCAUUCCAGAAGAUAGCCAAAAAGAAGCUGAAGAAAAAAGAUGCCAAAACUGGAAGCAUUGACAAUGAUCCAGAAUAUAAGAAGUUUUUAGAAACUUACUUUGUGGAGGAAGAAAAAACUAGUGCCAAUCCUGAAACUCUUCUGGGGGACAUAGAGGCAAAGACAAGAGAACUUAUUGCCAGAAGAACCACACCUCUUUUGGAAUACAUUAAAAAUAGGAAAUUAGAAAAGCAGAGAAUUCGAGAAGAGAAGCGGGAAGAGCGAAGGCGAAGGGAGUUGGAGAAGAAACGCAUACGGGAAGAAGAGAAAAGAAAGAGAAGAGAAGAAGAAAAAUGUAAGAGAAAAGAAACAGAAAAACAAAAGAAAACUGCUGAGAAAGAAGUAAGGAUUAAGCUUCUUAAGAAACCAGAAAAGGGAGAGGAAGCAGCCACUGAGAAACCAAAAGAACCAGGAGAGGAAGUUGAUGCUGGAGAUGGACACUGGGACGCCUGUCCUGGCUGUGCUGUCGGGAAGGCCAAGCCCUGGGACAGCCUGCUGGAGGAGCGCAGGGAAAAGUCACAAAAUGACAGUGAGAAAGAGCAAAAAGAAACAGAGAGAAAAUUUCGAGAAAAAGAACUUGAAACACAAAAAUACCACUUGGAUGACAGCAGAAAGCUUAGAGCUCACUAUGAGUUUGACAAGUUUUCAAGAAGAAAUGAAGAAGAGAUGAAAUUGGGGAAAGGAUUCACCUCAGACAGAGGGAAGGCAGGGAGCCAGGACCGGGGCGUCCCUGUGGAAGCAGCAGAGAGACCAGGGAGGGAACAGAAGAGUGAGGAUGGCCUGGCACCCAGAAAGGCGAGCGUGCGAAACAAGGACCGGCCAUCCUUGCCGCUGUACCAGCCAGGAGCACGCAUGAGAGCACGCGAAUGUGGUGGAAGAUUCUCUGAGGAGGGCCGUGCCGGGAGGAGAGCUGAGGCAGAAGAUUCGGCAGGGGCUGGUUCCAAGAAGAGCAAAGAGGCGGAAUGAGUCAGUGUGUGUGCCAUGGUGUGACAAGGGUGAGCUCGCACCCAAAUCCCAUGGCUUAGAAAUGUAUAAAUUGGUCCGGAAUAGAACCUGCAAGGUGAAUGUACUCUGUACAAAGAAACUAGAAACUGGUGGUACAGAAACCACCUUUUAAAAAGCUGAACAGAGCUUUCUUCGAUUUUACCAUUUUUAGUGUGAAUUACUGUGUAUCAUUUAGCCAAAACAGAGAAAGUAAUCUCCUUUGGAAAGUAGAAGAGUAUGACCAAAACAGUAUGAAUUCUGAAACACUUUGGACGUGUUGUAGGAAUAACUUGCACCUUGCAUUUUACACAUUUGUAAGCAAAUAAUCUGUCGGGAUCUGUACCUCAUUAUGCUUCUUGUUGGUUUUCGAUAAGCCAGUUUCUGGGAAGUGGGCGGCUCACUCCAUUAUAACCUUGGUAAUUCUAUCACUUGUGCCCCUUCGGCCCUGCAAUUCCAGGAAGUCUGUUGUGUGUAGUCCCUCCGAUAGGAACCUUAACGCUGUGUAAAGCUCAACAGCUUUAAUUAUGGCCCUUUUACAGGUUUGGCCACUGACUUGAUGAAAAGAGUUUCUUUUUAUGGAUGUGCUCAUGGUUUAUAACCAUUAUGGUUUAAGAAUUGCUAACAUAAAUGGUGUUAUUUUGGGACGUGAACAACAGCCUAGGCACAACAUCUAGGAUUUUUUUUUUUGCAGUCUGAGGUCAUUUUAAAGUGACUUUUUGUAACUUUCUGCAACUAUACAUUCUAAAGUAUCUUUUCCUUUUAGUGAAAUUUUAAAAUGUCCAUGUAUUUUUGGUGCUGUGAUUUGAACCAUUAAAAAUUUUACUUGCUAUGA